CGGACCCCAAGGGAUGACCGGGCCCCCAGGCUGGCUUCCCGGACCUUCGGCGCCCGGACUCUGUCGGUGGGGCGGAUGGGAGGUCGAGGCGGCCGCGGGUUUUCCCGAGGAGGACUCCGCCCAGGCACGUGCAUACAUUAGAGUCAUGGCUCUGCCACCUGGUUGCCGAGACCGCGCGUGUUACUGUGUUUCCGGGAUUGGAAAUAGGUGUCCCGCCCACGGCUCGGAGAGGCUGAUAUAUGUGAAAGGACACCGCGCUCCGAAUGGUCUUCACUUGUUGCCAGUUUAUGUCCCUGAUUCUGCAAGGGCGGGUGGGGAGUCCGGUACGUGCGCAGGUGGUGUCAUCACACGGCCAGCGCCAGGGGCUGAGGGCGCCUUAGCCUAGCGCCACGGUUAGAGUUAGCAAAAGAGAUCCCAUUUUUCAGAAGGGCAGAGAGGGUAAUGGCUUUUUUAAGCACCGGGGGAAUGGCUGUUUUAGAUAUCUUACUCUUCAAAUCCUCGCUCAACCACUUUCAGGUGUUCGACUUUGGGCAAAUGUCUUAAACUCUUAUCGCCUGUUUCCUCAGCUGUAACUCCGGGCAUAAUACUCCUAUUCAUAAGGUUGUUACGAAGCAUAAAGGAGAUUGAGCAUGGAAGGUACUCAGUGUCUGACACAGAGUAGGUACUUAGUAGACGGUACCUUUUUGAGUUCCCAAACUUUUGGUAUGGUGAUACGAGUAUUCAGAUGAUAUUUUUGAAAUAACUUCAUAUAUAUGUUUAAUGUGGGUUUUUUUUAAUUAUGUUUAAUGAGCAUAAUAAUUGUUACUCUUAGUGGAAUUGCCAGGAAGUGCUUUUUACAUUUCCCAGCAGGCAUGGAGGAAGUCACAGAUGGUAAAAGGGAUAUUUAGUUUGGUGAUUAAAGAGUUAGGAUUAGCAAAAAGAUUCAGUUUCUCAGAAGGGAAGAGAGGGAAACAAACUUUUGAGCACCCACUGGAAUGGCUGUUUUAGGUAUUUUUCUUCUCCUCACCACAAUAAAGUGGGUUGCAUCACCAUAUUUUUUCAGAAGAGGUUAGUGAGGCUGAGAUUACGCACAGCACCUAAGUGGAGGAGGCAGGCUCUUAGACCCAGGCCUCCCUGCAAAACCUAUAUUCAUGGUAGUACAGGGACUGAUUUCGAAAAGGUCCUUGUUGAAGAGGAACUUUGAAGGGCAAUCUGAAGCCAUUCCAUGACAUGACUUUCCAGCAUACAAGAGCCACCAGCUUUUUCCUAAGAUAUUUCUUCUGAGGCUUAUGAUGGGAGUGGAGAUGGAAGGAAGCGGUAGGGUCAUGAUUUGACCUUGGGGAGGGGUGACCAGUAAGACUGACGAAAAAACCAAACUCAUUGCUGUCAAGUCGGUUCCGACUCAGAGCAGCCCUAUGGGACAGAGUAGAACUGCCCCAUAGAGUUUCCAAGGAGUGCCUGGUGGAUUCGAAACUGCUGACCUCUUGGAUAGCAGCCAUGGCUCUUAACCACUAUACCACCAGGGUUUCCAGUAAGACUGACAGUGCUCAUUUUUUCUGGGAUUUCCCAGGAUGACAUUCUGCUACCCUGAAAAGCAACAUGGUGAGGAUUUCAGGUUAGCAGUUGACUAAAGCUUAUGUAGCACUAUCAGGGUUUGCUUUAAAUGAAGGAAUCGUAAAAAUGGAAAUAAGUUGUGUUUUGCUGAGUUCAGCUUUUUAGGAGACAGAGGACCACUUGUUACAAUUCUUUUUUUCCUUUGCGACGUUUGGAGACUCUUUGAUAUCAUACAUUUUAUUCUAAUACAUAACCUAAUGGGGGAGGUGGAGAAGGGAGUUCUUCUAUUUUCAGGUUCUGAAAAAACACACCCUUGGAAAGGAUCUUUGUUGUAGUGACCCCCUCUCCCUGUACCUGCUGAGUUGUAGAAUUGAUUGGGAUCUGGUGGAAAUACUAAAACAAUGGUUACCAACCAAACAAGUUGCUGUUGAGUCCAUUCCGACUCAUGGUGACUCCAUGUGUGUCAGAGUAGAGCUGUGCUCCAUAGGGUUUUUAGCCAGAUCGCUAUACCUUUCAUCCAUGGUGCCUCUGGGCAGACUCGAGCAUCCAACCUUUGGGUUAGCUACUAAGCUCGUUAACUGCCCCACCCAGGGACCCCAAAACAAUAGUUACCAUAUGCUAAUUUUAUGGUAUACACUGUGAUUUGAUAAAUAUUAACUAUCUAAGAGGGAAGUACUGUUUUAGUUCCAGUUUUACAGAUGAAGAAAUUGAGGCUCAGAGGUGAAACAACGUGUCCAACAUUGGAAAAUCUAAGGGAGGAACAAAGUAGUUAAAGGGGGUGUAUUAGGGAUUGUAGAGUGCACCAGGAGAGGGAGAAUGACACUGGGGUGGUAGGGAACACAGGAGCAAAGGGUGCAUUUAUCAGUGAGGCAUGGAGCUUCCUAUUGGGAGGGAAGGACAUUGGUGUUAAAGGCAAAAGCCUAUUGCUUUAUCUGAAUGUCCUGGGCCAAGGGCAGGAUGGCUGGACUGAGGUGCUGUAGAUUUUGAAGCUCAGUCCUGGAACCCUGCUGCCUUGAAGUCACGGAUUCCUGAUGUGCUUCGCUUUGAGAGAAGCCGGUACUGCACACAAGAAUGUGCAAACCAGACAAAUUAAAGCAUAUGGUUAUUUUACAUUCAGAAAGAUCCUUGACUUUAUGAACAGAUCUGCCUCAGGGUUACUGUAUAUAAUAAAUUCCUGUAGUGUACUUAAAAUGUUCGUUUUAUUCAAAUUUGCAACAGUGUGUUUGCCUGAAGGGAGCUAUGUUUGUGCUCUAACCAAGAAGGCAUGAAAUGUGCCGUCCCUAACACACAUACUCCCUUUUACUCCAUUCUUUAAUAAUAGUGAAUAUUCAUUGAGUAUUUGUUAUGUGCCAGGCAUUUUGCUAUAAGUACCUUACGGGAUUAUUCAGUCAUUACAAUAACCUUGUAAAGUGGGGACUGUUAUCUUCCUUUAUAGGGAAAGAAGUGGGCUCAGAAAUGGUGUCUUAGUCAUAUAGUGCUGCUAUAACAGAAAUACCACAAGUGAAUGGUUUUAACAAAGAGAAGUUUAUUCUCUCACAGUCCAAUGGGUUAGAAGUCUGAAUUCAGGGUGCCAGCUCCAAGGGAAGGCUUUCUCUGUCAGCUCUGGAGGCAGGUCCUUGUCAGCAGUCUUCCCUUGGUCUGGGAGCAUCUCAGCACAGGAACCCCAGGUCCAAAGGAUGCGCUCUACUCCUGGCGCUGCUUUCUUGGUGGUAUGAGGUUCCCAUGUCUCUCUGCUCACCCCUCUCUUGUAUCUCAGAAGAGAUUGGCUUAAGAUAACUACAUAAUCUUGUAAACUUCAUUGGUAUAAUUGUUGCUAAUCCAUUUUAUUACAUCAUAGUGACAGGAUUUACAACAUAUAGGGAAAUCACAUCAGAAGAUAAAAUGGUAGACAAUCAUACAAGGGAGUCAUGGUCUAGCCAAGCUGAUAGAUAUUUUUGGGCGACACAAUUCAGUCCAGGACAGGUGGUAAGAAAUUUGUUCAAAGGCACAUAGCUAAUAAGGGUAGAGCCAAUUCCAUGUCAUCCAAACCCAAUGCUUAUCUGUAUAGUUCAUCCACUCAUUCAUUCACUUAGGUAUUUAUUGAACACCUCCUAUGUUCCAGCAGUGUUCUAUGUGCUGGGGAUAAAAUGAUGACCCAAAUUGGCUCAGCCCCUGUCCUCAAGUUGCUUCUAAGUCUUGCAAGGGAGUAGACAAUAAAUAAAUAAUUACAAAAUGAAUAAUAAUUAUAGUUGUGAUACAUGCUGUGGAGAACUGGAUAGAGGGUGCUCUGAGAUAUUUAAUGGGGUAACUUGGCAGGGAGAAGGAGUGCAGAGAGACAAGGAAGGCUUUUUGAGGAAAUGAUAUUUAGCUGAGACCUGAAGGACCGAGUUGGAGUUAAACUGGGCAAAGAGAUGGAAGAAGAGCUCCCAGGGAGAGGGAAAGGCAUGUGUGAAGCAGUGGUUAAGCAUUUGGCUGCUAACCUAAAGGUUGGCAGUUUGACUCCACCAGCCACUCCUUGGAAACCCUAUGGGGCAGUUUUACUCUGUCCUGUGGAGUCGCUAUGAGUUGAAAUUGACUCGAUGGCAACAGGUUUUUUUUUUUUGGUAUCUUGCAAUUACUGAAAGAAAGCUCACUGGCCAAAGGGCAGAGGAUGUUGAGAAGCCAGAUUCAAAAUGCAGGUAGCAGUCCUGUUCUAUCCUGACAGCAAUGCUGUUGCCCAGUCUUGGUUUAUUUGCUUCUCUGAACGGACCUAUUUUUCAGAUCUGUCUUGGAGCCCAGCCUCGUGUCUUUAAACAUGUGGUUAGACAUGUGGUUGCCAUAGGAGGGGGUUGGAGGUGAGAAGAGGGAUAAAUACCUACAUGUGAGACUUAAUGAUGUUUGGUAAUUUGUACUGCAAAGCUAAGUAGACAUGGAGUGCCAACACUAUAUUUCAUCCUGUUUGCCUCUGGUUUGCAAAUUGACGUAGCAAACAUUUUUGGCCCAACUGUGGCCCAGGUCCUGUGUCAGCCACCUAGGAUGCAAGCAUGUGUAAGACCGGCUCACUUUCCCUCCAUCAUGCGUGUACUUUAGUUAAUGCCUUAUCUGCCUUGUUUUAUCAAUGUUAUUUUUCAAUAUGUGUUUAUCUGGCAUCUAAUAAGCGUUGGACGCUGCUGGGGACUCAUAGCCACCCUAUAGCCACCCUAUAGGACAGAGUGGAAGUGUCCCAUGGGGUUUCCAAGGAGCAGCUGGUGGGUUUGAACUGCCAAACUUUUGGUUAGCAGCAAAGUUCUUAACCACUGUGCCACCCAGGCUCUACUAAGAAUAUUAAAAAACCCAUCACUGUUGAGUCGAUUCCGACUCACGGCAACCCUAAAGGCAGAGUAGAACUGCCCCAUAGGGUUUCCAAGGAGUGCCAGAUGGAUUCGAACUGCCGACCUUUUGGUUAGCAGUCGUAGCUCUUAACCACUAUGCCACCAGGGUUUCCACUGAGGAUAUAGUAGUAAGCAAAUAGACGUGUUCUCUGUCCUCAGGGAGCUUAUGCAAGUAUACAGUUAGAAGUUGUGGUAAAGCCUUGAAGGAGAAGCCCAGGGAGUUGUGACCGUGUAUGUGUAAUAAGGGGACUCACUCUGUUCUGGGAUGGCUUCCUGAGGAAGUGAUACUUAAGCUGAAAGCCGAAGGAUGAGUAGAAGUUACCAAGGUGAAGACAGCGUUCCAGAUGCAUGUGCGUGAAGUCCUGCGGCCCAAGGGAGUCUGGUGCAGGACCAGAAGGCCAGCUGGGAGUAGCAGACAGAGAGGGCGCGAGCGAACUGGUGAUGAGAUUAGAGAGGCAGGCAGGGUUCUGACCAUGCAGGCGUCAAAGGCCAUGGCAAGGAUUUGGGGCAUUAUCCUAAGAAUGGUGGUAGCUUUGAAGAGUUUCAGACAAGGGAGUAACGUGAUCAGAUCUGUGUAUCAAAGGUCAUUCUCUGGCUCCUUGGUGGAGAGAGAUUGAUGGAUUUAAGGGAUAUUUAGGAGGUAGGCUCAACAGGGUUUAUAGGUGAUAGGUUGGGUGUGGGGUAAGAAGGGAGAGGCAGGUGUCAAGGCCAAAUUUUAGCAUUCUGGCUUGUGCAUCUGAGAUAGGAGGGUGUGAGUACAGUUUUAUAUAAAGUGUCUUUGGAAUAAUCCAAAUAGAGGUGUCACAAAGGCAAUUACAUAUGAGAAUCCGGCAUUUUUGGCCCCUAGGAGGCUCUUCUCAGAAAAAUGCCAUUAUUUUGCCAUCAAGGCAGGGAAAGUGGUAGUGAGAUGGCCCAGCCAAGUACAGGGUGUAGAAUGUUCUCUAAAUUUAUGUUGGGGAAAAAUUAAGAAUAAAAAAUGAAACCUAGGAAAUCUUCCCACAAAUGUAGAAAAGAGAGAAAACAGUUCUAUUAUUGAAUAAGCAUUUGACCAGACUUUGAUAAGAAACACAGGUAAUCUGCUAAUGAGAUUACAAUGGCUGAAAGAAGCCCCACUCAUGUUACAUAGCUGAGCAGAUACUCACCGUUACAUAAUUCAAGAGCAAUGGUAAUUUGUCCACAUGUAACAGGACUUGACAGCACCGUUUGCUAUUCAGACUUUCACAGUUCACCCUAAAUUAGGGUGGCCAUCUGUACUAGUUAACUGUCUUUAUCUGAAAGAAAAAUGAAACUUCUCCUAUUUCCAUUGACAAAUAAGUAGUUACUGUUUGGAUCCAGGUGCCUGGGCUGAACAUCCUUGGUGACGGGGAGAUAGGAUGGCUACAUUGUAAUGCUGGCAAGAGGCCUUUAAAAAGAUUUACAUCCAUAUCAAAGGGAACCAGGAAGAAUUUACAAAUACUAGGGUUUUCAAAGAUAUGCCCUAAGAAGAGAGAGGGCAACAGGGAAAAGUCAAUUUUAAAACUUUUUGUACACUUCCAGUACAAUAAAACGCUCAGCCUGGGGAUUAUUCUGGAGGCUAUUUAUUGUAAGUGAGGUCUGUGUAGUUUAGUGUGGUUAGUGUGCCCUCAAGUGGCCAAACCCAGCCCACAAAUUCUUGUACAUUGAUUUAAAGGAAAGUGUCACCAGUAGGAUUUACUUAAAAUCCUGCAGUUUUCCAGCCAAAACCCUUGUCCUUGGAAAUUAACCCUUCCGGGGUUUCUCUGGUCCUUCUUGAUGUCAUUAAUGCCGUUUCUCCUUCCCACUCAGUUCUACACAUAGGAGAGCUUUGUUUGGUAGAUAAUGUGAUGAUUUUAAUGUAAAAAUGAACUGUCAGUUAAUCUGUUUCAGAAACCCGUAGCAUGAGGAUGAAAAUUGAGAUUGAGUAUUGAAUUUGGAAGCUUCUUGCCACCCAUCAAGGAGGAGCCUCCUGAAGGCAAAGGCCAUGGACCUGAUCACAUCCGUGGCCAUCCUGCCCCUGCUCGUUGGCUGCGUGGGCAUCAUCAGCCUCUUCAAGCUGCUGCAGAGGAUGCACAUGAAGGCCUACCUGCAGGACGCUGUCGUGGUCAUCACGGGCGCUACCUCUGGGCUGGGCAGAGAAUGUGCCAAAGUCUUCCACGCUGCGGGCGCUAAGCUGGUGCUCUGCGGUCGGAACAGGGAGGCCCUGGAGGAGCUCACCAGAGAACUUGCUGCUCCUAGUGCCACCAAGGCACAGACAUACAAGCCGUACGCAGUGACCUUCGACCUGGCAGACCCUGGUGCCAUUGUUGCAGCGACAGCCGAGAUCCUGCAGUGCUUUGGCCAUGUAGACAUACUGGUCAACAAUGCUGGGAUCAGCUACCGUGGCACCAUCACGGACACCACCGUGGAUGUGGACAAGAGAGUGAUGGAGACAAACUACUUUGGCCCUGUUGCUCUAACUAAAGCUCUUCUGCCCUCCAUGAUCGAGAGGAGACAAGGCCAUGUCGUCGUCAUCAGCAGCAUCCAGGGCAAAAUCAGCAUUCCUUUUCGAUCGGCCUAUGCGGCCUCCAAGCAUGCAACCCAGGCGUUUUUCGACUGUCUGCGCGCCGAGGUGGAGCAGCAUGAGAUCGAGGUGACCGUGAUCAGCCCAGGCUACAUCCACACCAACCUCUCGCGGAACGCCAUCACUGCGGACGGUUCCAGAUACGGAGCUAUGGACGAGACCACAGCCCAGGGCCGGAACCCUGCAGAUGUGGCCAAAGAUGUCCUCAGUGCUGUGGGGAAGAAGAAGAAAGACGUGAUCCUGGCUGACCUGCUGCCUUUUCUGGCCAUUUAUCUCCGAACUCUGGCUCCUGGGCUCUUCUUCGGCCUCAUGGCCUCCAGGGCCCGAAAGGAGCGAAAAUCCAAGGACUCCUAGGGUGGGGGGUGGCACUUGCCUGUGCGUGGCUGCUCUACAAGGGAUGGCUGCAUCUGUGGGACUUGGGGAGGUCUGCCUCCUGGUGGGAAAGACGGGCGAGCAUGGCUGCAGACCCUGGCCAGGCCCCGCUGGCAGAGAACAGGAACCAGAGAAUGCAGCCAGGCUUCUUCCCAGGUUUUAACUCUUAAAAGCAUGAAGUGAGUGGAGCAGGCUGGAGCUGAAGUUGUCAGGGACUUCAUCGGACCAUGCCUCCUUUGAGUUGCAGCCUCAGCAAAAAAAAAAAAAAAUCCAUUGCCGUCAAGUCAAUUCUGAUCUAGUAACCCUACAGCCUCAGCAGCUCCUAGAAAUUGUUUCAGUCUUGGUUGCUCUCACCUUUGAUUUAUCCAAGACUACUUACCUAGUUGUUUUGGUAGGUGCACCUCCAGUACUUGAGGGAGAAGCCUGCAGUUUUAAGAAAUCAUUACUAUUCAUAACCACUCUCAGGCCCUCCAGUCCUGUCGGUGUAGGAGAUGAGCCCACACUUGACCCGAAAGGAGCCGUGGCUGCUCUCUUGACUUCACAGAAGCCUGCAGGGCCCAGCCACCUUUUCCAAGAAGGUAGCCAGCAGGAGGGGGAGCCAUGCAGUCCCACAUGCCCCCCAGGACACUGGUCGGUGGCUCUUCAAGCAGCAGCCUCCUCACGGAGCCGUCGUCUGUUAGCUGUGACCACUGGUGUCCGAGCCAAAGCGAGUAACUGCUUUCCUCUCUAGGUGUAUUAAAAAUGCAUGGUCGAGCUUCACUGAGUAGGGUCAAAUUCAGUUCUGAACUUCCGGAAGAACUUUUCCUAUUGAAAUUGACAGUUUAAAUUGUGUUUUUUCUGGGUCCACUGUACACUUCCCAGAAUUGGAAUAAAAACUAGGGUAGCACACUGGCACUCACUGUCAUAGCUCUGGCCUGGGGAGCAUGGAUUGUAGACAGUGCACCCAGAGAUAGACACCAAAAGCCCCCUGAGAGAGGCGGGGAGGGGAGCAGCUGGGGAGGCCUGGGAACGGAUCCACUGACAGCACACCUUGGGCAUUCCAAGGCUCUUCGGUUGAAACAUGGACACAGGCAUGAUGGGUGGGUCUCCAUUUUCUACAUCCAUCAACCUUCCUCACGUGGAACAGAAAGGUUUUAGUUUUCAUGCUAGACAUUAAAAUUAGAGCCAUCACACACCCCUGUAAUGGGAGCCUAUGGGUGGAGUCUAAUAAACUGGUAAGUGCACCGCAGGCUCUCGGUAAUAGCCAGGGCAGAUGAUGCCAUCCCGCUAGAUAUCAAUGAGAUGGCAAGCUCCGCUUGGACCCAUGUGGGCCAGCACUUGUUGGCUUCAUAUCCAAGUGCUACUCUUUUUUCCAUGAACUCAAGUGGUCAACAAGUGAAGAUUCCCAAAGCUGAGGAGUCUCAAGUGUAGCAGCUGCUAAGUCCUUCCUUAGAAGACAGGGAACACCUUCCAUGUUAAGGCUGUUGGUUUUGGAGCCACUGUAACAGGUGGCCAGGAGCACACCAAGCCCUUACCAGGGGUGUGGGUCAGUACCUGGUGCAUGGAGCAAGGCACUAGGGUUUUCAACCUAGACACCCCCUCUACACUUGAAUCCAGUACAGUUGGUGUGUUAUCUAACGCUACAACUCAACUCACUUUCUAAAACUAUGUUCUACCACGUAUGGAAAAUCAGUAUCAUCUGCCAUAAAUAGAAAAUAUAAGGCAAACUGGACAAUUACUAAAUCUAGCUAGAUAAGGCUGUGUGCUAAAUGCUGGGUCUGAGGCCCAAUGAGAUUGCAAAGUGCCAGAGAGGCAGGAAAGACAGAGCCCCACCACCACACACACUACCAGGGAAAGGACCUCCAAUUGGGAGGGAGUAGAGCCACAGCUAAGGCCCCUGGACAGCCAUUGUUCCACAGCUGUGUUGUUGGGUCUGUUGACAUCAAGUGACACCACCACUCCCAGGGAAUUAUCAGAAAGCUUCUGAAGGUGACUGGUGCCUGAUGGGAAAGUCUUGUCAAGAGUUUUUUACACCCCCUUAUCCACACAGGGUCUUUAGAGAAACACUCUUGGGAUGGAAUGUAUUCUUCAAGCUAGUGUCUGAGUGUGAACGUCUGCCAACGGGAGGGUAAUGCUGCUGCUCCAGUUGGUCUUUUCUGUCUUCAGAGUUUGUCUUUGCCCUGGCUCUUUUUCAUCCUUGAGUUUAACUGGUAAGGCUUGAAAAGCACCAUUUAAUUGGUUCUGCCUUCACAUGUCUGAUAAAAGUUCAGAGACUUUUCCUCUUUGCUGUUUGAGCCUGUUGGUGUUUCAUUAUCCAGGGCAGAAGCCAGUGGCCUGUGCUUCAUGCCAAAGCCAAAGGCUGAGAAAUAAGACUGUUUUCCAGACACAACUGUACAUCUGUUCUCUGGAGUGACUGGCAAGCACUGAUGACUGAGUGAGAGUGACGCACGCAGUCCCCUGGGCGGGCUGCCACUGAAGCAGCACUGAGGGGUCCCUGUCCCUCCCACAGCAGGACUGGCAGCUGCAGAGCCAGAUGUGCAGACUGCCAGGAGCAAAGCAAGGCGUGUCUCCACCUUUCCUGACUCUUGCAGGCCUUUCACGUAAACUUCCUCUCCCGUCUCUAAAUGGGGGUGCAGGUGGGUUGUUAAAAUUGGAUAAAGUUGUUACAUGAUGUGUUUGCUGGAGGGGUACACGCAGGACUGUUACACGAAUACGGCACUCACUUUCUCCCAGUUGACAGUAAUGCAGUUAUUUAAUGUUUCCAAAGUGUGGUGGCACGUCAGGAAUGGCGUGGUCCACCUGUCAGCUCUCAGAAGGGUGGCAGAGGAGGAGCCUGGCACGGACCAGGACAGGAGGCCAUACAGAUUCAGGCUGUUUCUCAGGAGCUCCCCUUCCCAGUGACCCUUGGAGUACAGACCCCACCCAGCUGUCCACACCAUCACCUGUCCUCCCCUCCUUGUCCAGGGAACAUGUCACUAAGAUGGCAUGUCAGCAUCUGGAUUAGUGUACCUACCAGAGUCACUGUCCAGGGCAGCUGGGAAAUGCAGGAGCGGCGCUGCUUCCACCUGGUUUGU